AUGAGGAAGCUGGCUUUUGCCCAAGCCCUGCAGGAAGUAAUUGUGCGUCAUGACUGUCCUAGCAGAGCUCAGGAGACAACUAUUCCAGUGUGGAAAGAGGUAUGCGCAGAAGCUUAUAAUCCUGAUGAAGAAGAAGAUGAUGCAGAGUCCAGGAUUAUACAUCCAAAAACUGAUGAUCAAAGAAACAGAUUGCAAGAGGCUUGCAAAGAUAUCUUGCUGUUUAAGAACCUGGAUCCGGAGCAGAUGUCUCAAGUAUUAGAUGCCAUGUUUGAAAAAUUGGUCAAAGAAGGGGAGCAUGUAAUUGAUCAAGGUGAUGAUGGUGACAACUUUUACGUAAUUGAUAGAGGAACAUUUGACAUUUAUGUAAAAUGUGAUGGUGUUGGAAGAUGUGUUGGUAACUAUGAUAAUCGUGGGAGUUUCGGCGAACUGGCCUUAAUGUACAAUACACCCAGAGCAGCUACAAUCACUGCUACCUCUCCUGGUGCUCUGUGGGGUUUGGACAGGGUGACCUUCAGGAGAAUAAUUGUAAAGAAUAAUGCCAAAAAGAGAAAAAUGUAUGAAAGCUUUAUUGAGUCACUGCCAUUCCUUAAAUCUCUGGAGGUUUCUGAACGCCUGAAAGUGGUAGAUGUGAUAGGCACCAAAGUUUAUAAUGAUGGAGAACAAAUCAUUGCUCAGGGAGAUUUGGCUGAUUCUUUUUUUAUUGUAGAAUCUGGAGAAGUGAAAAUUACAAUGAAAAGAAAGGGUAAAUCAGAAGUGGAAGAGAACGGUGCAGUAGAGAUCGCUCGGUGUUCUCGGGGACAGUACUUUGGAGAGCUUGCCCUGGUGACUAACAAACCUCGAGCAGCUUCUGCACACGCCAUUGGGACUGUCAAGUGUUUAGCUAUGGAUGUGCAAGCAUUUGAAAGGCUUUUGGGACCUUGCAUGGAAAUUAUGAAAAGAAACAUCGCCACCUAUGAAGAACAGUUAGUUGCUCUGUUUGGAACAAACAUGGAUAUUGUUGAACCCACUGCAUGAAGCAAAAGCACAGAGCAAGAUGACCGAUCAUGAAAACUUACACAGUAGUGGUUAGCCCACUGAGAAUGUGUUUGUGUAGAUGCCAAGCAUUUUCUGUGAUUUCGGGUUUUUUCCUUUUUUUACAUUUACAAUGUAUCAGUAAACAGUAGUGAUUUAAUAGUCAAUAGGCUUUAACAUGACUUUCUAAUGAGUAGUUCAUAAAAAAAAUCAACAUAUUGGUAAAAUAACUUUCUACUCCACAAAAUUAUUGACUGAAAGUUUUAUUACAAUGAUUGUAAUAUAUUGAAAGCAUCCAUGUUUAAGAAAAUAAUUAAAAGAUGUUAUUAUAGGCAAUAUGUGUUUGACUUAUUCAGAUUGAUAUAAAACUAGUGACUAUGCCCACGUAAGAGGGAACUUGGCAGUCAUUCAUGCUACACAGCCUGGCAUCAUUGUUUUUUAUAACUCAUUAUCUAUUGUAAGAUUUCAGUCAUUUUCAUUUUAAAGUUUUUCUGGCUUGAUAAGUUGUGUUGGCCUUGGCCUAUUGGUGAAAUGGUAUAAAACAUAUGCAAUUUAAAAAUUUUUUAUAUUUUUUGCAAUAAAGUUCAUUUUGACUUCUUUGGCAUAGUGUCAGUAACAUAUUCCAGUGGUUUUUAAGGACUGGUAAUUUAGUCAUUACAAUAAUAGGAAAAGAUCAUUAAUGCGUUCCUCAUCAGGCACGUAGCCCUGCUUCCUUGUUUUCAUUCUGCAACUCCCUAUUACUCUUUAUCUUUAAAAGUCUGAUUUUGACACUUAAUGUCACAAAGUUUUCUUUUAAAAGCUACUUAAACUUGUUAAAUCUGACAUUUUUUUCAUUGUCUAAAAGCCUAAGAUCUUAUACUUAAAAAGAAAAAACCCUCUAUACCAAAAAUACUUUGGGAUCCUUAUCUCCAUGCCCACAGAAUAUUUCUUUGUUCUUCACCAGGCCUAAAUAAUACAGUCCUUUGCACGUACCUGCCUCUGUGGUUUUCUUCCUUGUGUAAUGCUUGCCAACUGGUAAUCUCAUAGAUGAGCAGCAGUGAGGUUUCUUUGGUCUUUUUUCCCAUUAAAAGCUCAUCUACAGUAGUAGAAAUAAAUUUUUAUAAGCAAAAGCAUAUAUAAUGAUAAAAUGAAUUUCUGUUCAUACCACAUAUACCAUUAAGUCUAGCUAUUUGCUUUAAUGUGGACUUAUUUUAAAAGUACAGAAAACUCAGAAUUUACUAGAUUUUUCAUUGAUCAUUGAAUUGCUUAUGCUGCCAAGUAAGAUAUUUUUAGUUAUAUUCAACCAAAACAAUAUCCCCUCGUACAUGAUUUUUAGGUCCCAUGACCAACUAUCUAGAGACAUUAAUUCUAACCAGUUGUUCACUUUUAAAUAAGCAAUUUCAUUUUGGGAAACAUGUUUCAGAAUACACACACACACACACACACACGUGCACGGAUAAAAUUAACCUGUGGCAACUGUGGUCUUAUAGGGAAAGUUUAUGGUCCUGCUUGUACAAAAAAACAUGGUUAGAAUGUUAAUUGGGUAAUGUAUAUAUAAGAAGUUAAGGUAUGUAAACUAAAACUUCAGCCACAUUUUAGAAUAUUAACAUUUUUGCAAACUUUAGGAAGAGGGAAUUCUACAUGAAGAUGACUUGUUUUCUUUUUCAGAGUUUAUUUGAAAAGCCAUGUCUAUUAAACAAGGAAAAACAAAAAACAAAACCCAAAUUCCUGGUUCAUCAUUCUGUAUUUAUUCUUUAUUCAGUUUUCCAAGUUACGUCUUUUGUUGCAUAAGCUGACUGUGAACUAUUCAUGGAACAUUAAACAAAUGCCUGUUUAAUAAAGAACUCUGACCAAGGCUAUAAAUGCCAGUUACGUUAUUUUCAGUAUUGUUGGUUAUAUUUAAAAUUUCCUUAUAA